AUGAGAAACUCUGUGGAGCUUCAGUGUGCGUCACAGGACUGCGAAUACCGGGCGGACCUGAGGGGCCGCUUCUCCGCACCCGCCCUGGACCCUCCGGCACUGCAGAGCUCCCCGAGUCAGGGGCCCCGGACCCCAGGGCUGAGGAGGUGGGCGAGGAUCCCGGUCUCUGUACUCCACAGCAGUUCCUCCUCUCACACCCUCACAGUACCCCUUUCCCCCCAAAGCGGCCUCUAGGUCCAAUCACCUUUUUCCCUCGGAUUCCUCUCCAGGACUCAAGCAGGACUUUCCAAAAGUUGCCGCGGGGCCUUCCGAUCCCCUCGGCCAUCUCCCAAGUCUGGCCAGGCUGAUGGGGCCAGCGAGGAUUCUCUGCACCUUGACAUUCAGAAGCUGAAGGAGAAGGAGGACAUGCUGGACAAGGAAAUCUCCCAAUUAAUAUCUGAAGGCUACAGUGUAAAUGAACUGGAGGACCACAUCUCCCAGCUCCACGAGUAUAAUGACAUCAAGGAUGUAGGCCAGAUGCUGCUAGGUAAACUAGCCGUGAUCCGAGGUGUCACCACCAAAGAGUUGUAUCCAGAAUUUGACCUGGACAUGAAUGACUGA